AUGUUUGUGUCAGUCUAUGGUUUAAUACAAUGUUGUUUUGAGAAACCGAAGAAAGUGGGAAUUGUGCAAAUGUUAUACCAGAUCGACAGCAAAAAGCCAACGAUGGUUCGGAAACUGAUGGAGAACAAGACAUUGCUCGUUGACUAUCGAGUGCGUCAAUCGCUGCGACUUAGACGGUCUUUCAAUCAGAAAGAAAAUCGUUUAUUGUAUUUAAUCUUCCUCUUUGGUUUUCUAUAA